CCUCGGAGUGUCUGAUGGGAUGGUAUAGAGGGAGCUUUACUCCAUAUCUAACCCUGUGCUGUCCCUGUCCUGGGAGUGUUUGAUGGGGACAGUGUGCUGGGAGCUUUCCUCUCUGGGGGUAGUGGAAACUGAAGGUGGCCGUGUGGAAGGAAUCAAUAAAAGGGAUGGGUUUUUCGCCUCAGUGGAUAUUUUUAAAGGGAUUCCUUUUGCUGCAAAACCGGAGCGAUUUGUAAAAGCUGCACCUCAUCCCGGAUGGACUGAUGUACUGAAGGCCAAAGAUUUUAAACCCAGAUGUUUGCAGACAACCCUGUCACAAAAGGAAGUCUUUGGGAGCGAGGAUUGUCUCUACCUGAACAUCUGGGUCCCUCAUGGCAGCAAAGUGUCCACUAACCUGCCUGUCAUGGUCUGGAUCUUUGGAGGAGGCUUCCUGAUGGGAGCAGGACAUGGAGCCAACUUCCUGAAAAACUACCUGUAUGAUGGGCGGGAGAUUGCUACGCGUGGGAAAGUGAUUGUUGUAUCUUUCAACUAUCGGCUUGGCCCACUGGGCUUCCUGAGCACGGGGGAUACCAAUGCCCCAGGGAACCAAGCUCUAUGGGACCAGCACAUGGCCAUCAGUUGGGUGAAGAGGAAUAUCGCAGCCUUUGGUGGGGACCCAGAUAAUAUCACCCUCUUUGGAGAAUCAGCAGGAGGAGCGAGUGUCUCCUUGCAGACUUUGACACCAUACAACAAAGGACUAAUAAAGCGAGCUAUUUCACAGAGUGGGGUAGCGAUUUGUGGCUGGGCAGUUCAGAGAAAUCCCAUGCACUGGGCCCAGCAGCUUGCUCAGAAGGUUGGCUGUCCCAUAGAUGACCCUGCUAUCAUGGUGGCCUGUUUGAAGAUCACUGACCCCAAAGCUGUCACUCUGGCUAUUCCCUUGAAGCUUAUCAACUUGGAAGCUCCACUUGUGUCCUAUCUGAUAUGGUCUCCAGUCAUUGAUGGGGACUUCCUUCCUGAUGAACCAAGGAAGCUCUAUCACAAUGUUGCUGGUGUCGGUUACAUUGCUGGGGUUAACAAUAUGGAUGGACAUAUUUUCGCUGGCUUGGAUGUUCCUUCAAUCAAUCAGGCUGGGCUAGGAAAGACCUAUCCGAGCGACUUGUAUCAUCUUAUUCGAGGUCUGACCAUUGACAAAGGUGUUAAAGCUGCCAACUUAACUUAUGAACAUUACACCAAGGACUGGCCUGCUGAUCCGAGUCAAGAGCUCAUCAAAAGGACAGUGGUGAACCUGGAGACAGAUGUCUUGUUCUUGGUGCCCACACAACUAGCUCUGGAUCUUCACUAUCAACAUGCUCAGGGAGCUGGGACGUACAGCUACCUGUUUUCUUACCCCUCUCGGGCUCCCAUAUACCCCAAAUGGAUGGGAGCUGAUCAUGCUGAAGACCUCCAAUAUGUCUUUGGGAAACCAUUCUCCACUCCGCUUGGGUACCGGCCAAGGGAAAGAGAAGUCUCGAGAAAUGUAAUCGCCUACUGGACCAACUUUGCUCACACAGGUGAUCCUAAUAGGGGCGGCUUGGACGUACCCACACCUUGGAUCCCUUAUACAUCGCUGUACACCCAAUAUCUGGAAAUUAACAAGGACAUCGACAUGAGCUCUGUAAAGCAAAGGCUUCGCUAUGAUACAGUCAACUUCUGGAACCAGACCUAUACUGCUAUAUAGCAGUGACACCUUAACCCUGCACGGACAGGUUUAAUCAGUAUGUUACUCUGAAAUAAACCUUUAAAGUGUGCUGUUCUUGUGGACGUUUACCUUGGCCUGUUUGGUUGAGUUGAGUUGACU